AGCUGCCUCUCAAGACAGAAAGACAGACUUCCCAACUAAGGAUAUAACAGCGCAGCGGACGGGACAGCACCCUCCCAACGCCCCCCCCAUUGUUUCUCCGGAGCGUAGACCUUCACGGUUGAGCUUCCCAAGAUGGACCUACGGGUGACAAGUGUUCUCCUCGUCCUCCUAGCUUUGGCUGAAGCGACCCGUGAGAAGUACUACCAUGUGCCAAAAAUGACCAAGUCUGCCCAACCGGUGAAGGGCCAAGCCGUUGUAGGCCACCCAGGUCCUCCAGGUCCUCCAGGUGAGCCAGGACCAAUGGGGCCAUACGGACCUCCUGGAAAGAGUGGUGUAGGACAUACUGGACAACAAGGCCCUCCAGGUCCUCCUGGACCCCCUGGCUACUCUCAACCUGGUAAACCUGGUUCACCAGGUGGCUAUGGAAAAUCAGGCAGCCCUGGCAUCCCUGGUCAGAAAGGGGAACCUGGCGCAACUGGACCAAUGGGUGCCAGAGGUGCACCUGGUCCACAUGGAACACCUGGACCUGCUGGACUUUCUUCAAGUGGAAAACCUGGACCAGCUGGCUACCCUGGGGCAGUGGGACAAAGAGGUGAGCCUGGUUUGAAGGGACAUCCUGGUGUUCCCGGUCUUCCUGGAUCCAAAGGAGACAGAGGCAUUGGAGUUUCUGGGGCUCAAGGAGCGCCAGGUGGAGUUGGACCAAUGGGCCCACCUGGAAUGCCUGGCAAAUCUGGAGCUGGUAUACCUGGUGCAACUGGCUAUCCUGGAGAACCUGGCAAGGGUGGUGUGCCAGGAAGAGAUGGCUCUCCUGGGGCAAUGGGUUUGCCAGGACCAAAGGGUCACACAGGCGCUCCAGGUAUUGGAGCAUCAGGGAAACCUGGCCAGAAUGGUAGCCCAGGUAUGCCUGGACCUAUGGGUUCUAAAGGUCCACAAGGUCCAGCUGGUCAACCAGGCUCACCUGGCAUGCCAGGUGUUGGCCAGACAGGUGCAACUGGACUACCAGGUAGCAGAGGUUCCCCCGGUACUCCAGGAACAACUGGUCAGAAAGGAGAGCCAGGCCCGACUGGCUAUACUGGUCAGACAGGUGCUCUAGGUCCUAUAGGCCCAGCUGGUCCACAGGGUGCGAGGGGAUUCCCGGGUGAGGGAGGCCCCCAAGGAUCCAAAGGCGACACUGGUAUGGUAGGUGCACCAGGCCCGAGAGGAACCAAGGGUGACCAGGGUGCCCAAGGUUUCACUGGAAAGCCAGGUUCUACAGGGGAAGUAGGUCCGCAAGGACUCCCAGGGCAUACUGGUCCUCAAGGCCAAAAGGGUGUACAAGGCCAUAAUGGUCCCCCAGGGAUUCCAGGUGCAAAUGGUGCUCCUGGACUAAAAGGACACCCAGGCCCCUCAGGAGGACAAGGAAAAAGUGGUGAGAACGGAAGACCAGGAUCUAUGGGACCAGUCGGGCCCCCUGGUCCAUCAGGUCCCACUGGGGCUAAGGGCCAUCCGGGUUUCCCAGGCCCACCUGGCCCUGCUGGCAUAACAGCUAAGGGAAUUUCUGGUCCUCGGGGUCCCCCUGGAACUCCCGGUCCCAGAGGUCAAGAUGGUUACCCAGGCCCUGCAGGUCCUCCUGGUGCUCCUGGCCCACCAGGCGAGAUGGUCUACCACAAUGAGAAGAGCAUGCCAAUGAAGUCCCACGACAUUGGGAUGUCUCAUGAAAUGGUGAAAGCCCCCAUGUCCGCCUUCAGUGCUGUGCUGACCAUAGCCUACCCCCAAGCUGCAACCCCUAUUCCGUUCAACCAGGUUGUGUACAAUGGGGAGAACCACUACGAUGCCCACAGUGGUGUGUUCACCUGCCAGGUCCCAGGCCUCUACUAUUUCAGCUACCAUAUGCACGUCAAUGGUGCCAAUGCACUAGUCGCCCUCUACAAAAACGAGGAGCCAGUUAUGUUCACCUAUGAUGAGUACAACAAAGGCUUCCUGGAUCAGAUGUCAGGCAGUACUGUUCUUAUGUUGAAUGCUGGUGACAGAGUCUAUAUCCAGGUCCCCGAUGAGGACAGUAAUGGUAUAUUUGCAGCAGAGAAUGUUCAUUGCGCAUUCUCUGGGUUCUUGAUUGCCUCAACGUGAUUCUGCUAAAACAAGUAAAACCUCAAAACCUUACAACCCUUGAACUACUUCUAAAUUCCAAAUCAAGAUGGUAGGUUAAAAAUAAAUAAAA